GAUCUCAUCCUGACCUUUAAUAUCUCAAUGCAUCGUUCUUGGUGGAUGGAGAAUGGGCCAGGCUGUACCGUAACCUCGGUAACCCCAGCCCCAGAUUGGGCACCAGAGGAUCAUCGUUAUAUCACUGUCUCGGGGUGUUUUCUUGAAUAUCAGUACAUAGAAGUGGCUCACAGUUCUCUUCAGAUCUUCCUUGCACUAAUUCAAGCUCCACGAAAAGCUCCAACACAG